AUGGAUUUAUUUGAAGAGGAUGAUGAUUUUGAAAUAAUUCAAUAUUUGAAUUAUCAACGUCGUUCAUACACUGUACAUGAAAGAAUAAAUCAUAUGCUGGCGUGGGAUGACCAUGACUUUAGGGUGAGAUUCAGACUUGGGAAAAAUGUUGUUCGUAAUUUAUUAGAAUAUAUUGAAGACGAAAUAGCUUCACAAACUACUAGGAAUAAUGCUGUUACACCAAUAAAUAAAUUACUGUUGACUCUGAGGUUUUAUGCUACUGGAAAUUUCCUAAUAACGGCUGGUGAUUUUAUUGGCGUUAGUAAGACCACAGCUUGUUUGAUAGUACGCGACGUUAGUGUGGCCAUAGCAAAACUUCGACCAAUAUUCAUACGUAUGCCAGAGACCGAAAGUGAAAUACGAGAUUUACAACUCCGUUUCUAUCAAAUUGCAAGAUUCCCGAGAACUAUCGGUGCAAUUGAUUGCACUCAUAUUAAAAUUCAGAGCCCUGGUGGUCCUGAUGCAGAAUAUUUUAGAAACCGUAAAGGAUACUUUUCCUUAAAUGUUCAAACAAUUGCAUGCCCUGGUUUAAAGAUAAUGGAUGUAGUUGCGCGUUGGCCAGGGUCCUGUCACGAUCAAACUAUUUUCAAGAAAUCGCGUAUUUAUAAUAAGUUGGUCAGUGGUUAUUGGAAAAACAGUUUAAUUGUGGCUGACAGUGGAUAUGCAAAUACACAAUAUGUUGUCACCCCCUACUUGAAUCCUAGUAAUGACAUUGAAGAGUUGUAUAAUGAAUCCAUUAUUAGGACUAGGAAUCCAGUGGAAAGAUCAUAUGGAGUGCUAAAGCGAAGAUUUCCUGUGCUGUCUUUUGGAUCACGCUUAAAACUAGAAACCACCCAAGCUGUGAUAGUUGCUUGUUGUGUCUUACACAACUUGGCUUGUGAUAAUAAUGAUUUAGAGCCACCUGAACUAUUUAAUAUGGAUUUACCGAUAAAUGAAGAAUUUAGUUUAAGAGAAGACCAUGAACCAGAAGUAGGAAAUGCAAGGAAACAAUUAACAGAAGAAUAUUUUCCAUUUUUAAAUUAA